GUUCGACAUUACAAAUCGCAGAUGAGGGCGGGCAGAGGCCGAGUUAAAUCACGUGAUUGCGGAGUACUCAGAUAUGCGAUUUUGAAGACGAACGUUUUCGGAGCUGUCAGAGCCUUUCUGUUCAAAAAUACUAUAAAUAUAACCUAUUUUCUGUGUGGUUCGGUGAUAUAACCUCAAUUAAGAAAAAAAAAAGAGAAAAAGACUUUCCAUUUAAAUCUGCCUAAAAUGGAUAUAAACACAGACCAGGCAAUAGGUCUGAUGUUAAAUUUUGCGAACAGUAUAUUUUUUGACAGCAGUGAUAGUGAAACAGAAGUAGAAAGAGCUCCAAGGGUACAACAAUAUGCUGAAGAAAUUGUGCCACGACUUUCAGAUAAUACAUUUAAAUCUCAUUUUAGAAUAAACCUUUGUACAUUUGAAGACUUACUUGGCAAGUUAUAUAGCGUUUCUGACUCCACAGUUCAUUGUGGAACAGUGCCUGUGCCACUUGAUAAGCAACUUAUGGUUACAAUUUGGUGUUUGGCAAACUUGGAGUGUUUUCGAUCUGUAGCUGAUCGUUUUGGGAUCAGUAGGAGUACUUGUUGGAGCAUUUUAUACAGAGUUUGUAAUCUACUGCUAAAAGUAAAUAAGAAAUUUAAAAUUAUUUCUUGGCCAAGUCAAGUAAGGGCAGAAGAAAUUGAAAGGGAGUUUAGGGCCAUUAAUGGAUUUCCAGGAAUAAUUGGAGCAAUAGAUGGGUCCCACAUAAGGAUUCUGAAACCAAAAGAAAACCCUAACUCAUACUGCAAUAGGAAGAGCUACCACUCAGUUUUAUUGCAGGGGGUAUGCGACAGCAAAAAAUUAUUCUUGGACGUUUACGCAGGGGAACCUGGGUCUAUACAUGAUAUGCGUUUAUUUCGAAAGUCAGACCUUAACUCAAGAAUAAGAAAUGGCUCUGUGAUAAUUUCAGAAGAUCAUCAUCUUAUUGGAGACUUGGCAUAUAAGUUGUCACAUUAUUUACUGGUUGGUUUCAAAAAUAAUGUAGUUUUAACCCCUGCCCAAAUUAAUUUCAACAACAAACUGUCACAAUGCAGAGUAGUGAUAGAAAAUGCAUUUGCUCUUCUAAAGGGCAGGUUUCGUCGUUUAAAGUCUUUAGAAACAACUAGAUUGGAUCUAAUCCCACUAAUUAUUGUAUCAGGAACUGUUCUUCAUAAUAUAUGCAUAUUAAAUGGAGAUCUACUGGAAGAUAUUGCAGAUUUACAAUUGGAAGAAGAGAUUUUAAUUGAGGAAAAUGUUUAUGCAGUUGUUGAUGAUGUAAGAGAAGAUUUGCAAGCAGUUCGAAAGAGGAAUAAUAUAAUGAAUGCUCUACUAAUGAAUUAAAACAUUAUAAAUAAUAAAAUUCUAUAAGGAA